AUGGAGGAACUUGGCGCCGCGCAGAGCGCCAUGCGCUUCCCGUCUGCAUCUGCGGUGGCGACCGCCGCGCUCGCAUCGUCACGGCGCUUCGCCCUCGUCCCCUUUUCAACUUCUGCCCUUUCUCCGUUUGUUUCGCAAUCCUCGCUGAGUGCCCUCUCGCACGCCCGCGCCCCCCCUGCCUCGUGCGCAGCCGCUCAGCAGCCCCAUGCAAACGCGCCUGACGCAGGCGUGGCGACCCAGUCGCUCCCCGCCUCGCCUCUUCUUAGCGCUUCCUCCGGUACAGAGUCUUCGGCAGGGCCGCCACCGCAGGCUUUCUUCUCCUCGCGCCUCUGCGCAGAGCUGGCAGUUGACACGUGUGCGGCGUCGAUCGCUUCGUUCGGCGUGUCGCCCUUCGUCACCAUCAUCGAUAGGUCGAUUGUGAGGAAUGCAGCGGGUGUGCAGAGUUUGUGGGCUUCGAUUGCUGCGGGUUUCCGCGACAUCGUCUUCCGCCCGCGCCUCUUCUUCAGCGGCAGAGAUUUCCGCAUCGUCUGCGGCGUCUACGCGGGAACCUACCUCGCGGCCAACGGCGCCGUCACGGUAGCGCGGCAUUUAAACCAGACAGACGUGUCGACCGAGUUCACCAAGUUCCUGUCCGCCACAGCUGCGAACAUGUAUCUGUGCAUUCGCAAAGAUAUCAUUUUCGCGCAGCUGUUUAACCGCCAACCAACGGCGCAGUCGGUUUCGGCUCCUGCGACGCCCGCGUCUCUGCCGUCUUCCUCUGCGGUCAACCGGGGAGCCUCUGUCUCUUCAGCUGGCGGCAGCUUGGCGGGCUCCGCGGCGACAGUGGCGAAGGCGAGCAGCCGCCGCUUUCCUCUCGUUUCUACGCUCCUCUUUGUCUUCAGGGACUCACUGACGAUCGCCGCCUCGUUCAACGCGCCUGCGUACGUCGCCUCGUGGCUCUCUCGCCAGGCUACGCCGCGGGGCGCGACGGGAAGCCCGCAGGCCGGAGCCUCUGGCGCCAUGCAGGCGCGGGCGGGCGCUGACGAGACGCAGCAGCUGACCGCUGAAGAGCGACACGCAGCUGCCCGUGCAGAUGGGGCGUUCGCUACGUUGCCUGAGGCUCACAGGGAUUGGACUGGCGCUGACCAAGAUGACCCGGUCGCAGCAGGAGGCGGAGAAAGCAUCGGGGCAGCGAUCGACGGACAGAGGGUGUGGAGGCACUUUGCCCAUAGACUUGCGGAGGAUCGUGCGUUUGCAGACUCCACAGCGCAGGUUCUGUGCCCCGUGGGCAUCCAGCUGUUCUCCACGCCCCUGCACCUUCUCGCACUCGACAUCUUCAACAACCCUGGUCGCUCACCUGGACAGAGGUCGCGCUUUCUCGUCACGGCGUACGGCGGGACAGUCCUCGCGCGGGCGUCGCGCAUUCUGCCUGCCUUCGGAAUUGGGGGGAUUCUGAACACACGGCUCAAAGACGGACUGAGAAAGUUCAUUCCUGCCUCGGAGGCGAAGGCGGAACUGCGUGCCGGAUGCCGAGAAUGA